CUCCCACCCCCAUUCCUUAAGUCGGCAGCGCAUGUCAAGACACACACACACAUGCUUACGGCAGCCGGACAAACACAGCAUUGUGUGUGGGACGGUAGCAAAGUAGCGGACGGACACACACACGCUGACACACCACACACACACGCUGACACACCACACACACACGCUGACACACCACACACACACACACUGACACACCACACACACACACACGCGCACACCACCCAGUGUGUGAAUGCACGCGUGUGUGCGCGCGUGUUGCGCGCAAUAGGCAGAUGCUAUCGUCAACGUGCGAACACGGCGGCUCGGAGAGACAGCAAGAAGCAGCAGCAGCAGCAGCACGGGCAGAGAUGAAGGCGACAGUGUGAUUCUUCUAAAGAUACAGGGUGCAGCGAUCAACAACUCCGUGUCUCCAUCCGUGCUCGCGCUCUCGUCGAUGCUGAGUUUUGAAGAACGAACUCGCGUUUGCUUUGUAACUGUAAUUCUUGUGUUUUUUUUUUUUAAAAACCUCCGAAAUAUUUCCUGUCCGUCUUGGGCUUCUCCUCGGGCUAGGACGGAGGUCGGUCGGAACGCGUCUUGAAGCGGAGAGGAAUUUGGACAAGCGAGAGAGCAAAGGAAGAUCUGGAAGACUGCGAAGGGAGGAUGAUCGUUCGGAUUGAAGUUGGUGUUUGUUAGUCGCGGACAGAGCCUCCUCUCUCUCUGUCUCUUCCUGGGGUGCAUUGUUGUUUUUAAUUACACGAGCGAAAUAUUAUUAUAGAGGAGUGAAUAAAAAAGGGGCAGGGUUUAAAGAGGAAGACAGUUCGAGGCGUAGUAACGGAUUGCCACAAAUAUAUACCAAGGCUGUAUUUUAAUGUAGAUUAUUUCGGUCGAAGGCAGAAAGGCAACAGCAGAGAUAAGAAAGUGGCUUCAUAUUUACUGUUUUGUCUUACACAGCACAUUAACACAGCGUGCCUAACACAGUGGUUAUACAACAUCACCACUUAUUACUGAAGAGUAUACAUCAGUCGUGCACUGCGGUUAUUCGAAGAGGCUUGUUACUAUAUUUGAAAUCAGGUAAGAAGACCCUAUUGAAAAUAUAUGACAAUAGGUUACAUAGCAUAUCAAAGGUACAUCGCUUAUUUAGGUAAAGUGCUUAUAAUACCAAGAUAAAUAGCAUAUUAAGAUAAUUAUAAUAUCAAUACACAGCAUCGUUCAGCUCCACUGUUGAGUGCUAUUGUCUAGCUACAUAGACACCGCCGGAUAGUGUUGCCAUUCAAGAAGCCAGGAGGGGAGAAGAGCAAGAGAAAAAUGUCUUCUGGAUCUCUGGAGGAGCAGGCAGCUCAGAGGUGGUGUCCCACUCACGUGCAGAUCACCGUGCUCCAGGCUCGUGGCCUGCGCUCAAAGGGCAAGAAUGGAACCAACGAUGCCUUCGCAGUCAUGGAGCUGGGCCGAGAGCGUUAUGCCACGUCCGUGCUGGAGAAGAGCUGCCAUCCCCAAUGGAAUGAGGAGUGCUCUUUCGAGUUGCCCCCAGACGCCCUGGUUGGAGACGGAGCGGCAGGAGGAGGUCACCGCCAGGAGUCGCAGAGCUGCGUGGUGGUGGUGUCCGUGAUGCACCGCUCCUUGUUGGGUCCGGACAAGUUCCUGGGGCAGGUGUCCGUGUCUAUCUCCGAACUCUACGUCGACAAGUCCAGACGCAAGCCCGAGUGGUACAAGUUACACUCGAAAGCCGGGAAGAAAGAGAAGGACCGGGGCGAGGUGCAGCUUUCGACGCAGUUCAUGAGGAACAACCUGACGGCCAGCAUGUUCGACCUGUCGACGCGUGACAAGCCCCGCUCUGCCUUCGGCAAGUUCAAGGACAAGGUGAAGGGCAAGAAGAAGGGCAGCACCUCCGACUCCUCGUCGGCCAUCGUCCCCGGCGUGCUGCGGAUCGACAGCGAAAACGAGGAGGAGGAUGUGGAGAGGGAAGAGGAGGUUAAGAAGAAGACGAAGGGCAAGAGCUUCCUGACGCUGCCGGGCAUGAAGAAAACCUCGGUGACGCACUCCUCAUCCUCGUCACUUUCCUCCUCGCACGUGUCCAUCCCGUCCACCCCUGAUCCGUUGUUGCCGCCGCUGGGACUCCCGUCCGGCCCGGGCGCUGGGGUCGGGGUGACAACCGUCAUUACUCCCCCACCUGUUGAGCUGGCUCCAGAGCAAGACAUGACUGGCAGCGUAGGUCGCAGGAGGACACAGAGUGCCGACAUAACGAUGGCCCUGCCCGUCAAGGAAGAGCGAAACCUCUUCGGGGGCCUGAAGCCGAAAUCCGAGACGGCCUCCAAGUCCUCGCUGUGCAUCAAUGGCAGCCACUUGUACGUGCCGGAAAAGGGCGCAGCCGCCACAGGUGGGCAGAGCCAGGCCCAGCCCAAACCCAACAUCGCCCUGUCACGAUCCCUGCAGAACAUCAAUAACGCGGAGGAGCAGAAGCCCUCCAUCCAGAAGACGGCUAGCGUGGGUAAGGCCGACGCCGUGGAAGCCAGAUUUUUCGGGGACAAGAAAGCUGGCAGUGACAGAGUUCUGGAGUCGACCUCGGUGCCGGAACCGGGGAAGGAUGGAAUGCACAAGGAGUCCCGGAGGUCGCUAGACCUCAGCAAAGGCGUCGGUCUGGACCUGUUUGACAAAGUGAAGGCCAAGGAAGUAGAAGAGGGGAAAAAGGAGGAUGGAAAGAAAAGUCGGCUGAAAAUCAAGUCUUUUGUGACCGGGUCCAACAAAUCUGAAAGUGCCAGUCGGAGCUCCAGUGGGCAAAACCUGGCCGAAGAGCUUGCUCAUGGGACCACGUUCGGUUUUCAUCGGGACCACAAAGACAAAGUUGUGAAAGUCAGACUGGACGUGUCUCCCGAGGUCGAAACCACAAACCUCCCACAAAGCCCUUCCAUGUCUGAUAACGCGCCCCUCGCUGCGGCAGCUGCACCCGCUGUGCCUUUCCCUCUGUGCCCCCCACUAGCACCCGUGCACUCCCCCACCUCUCCCUCCAGCCCCAUGUCCAUAAUCUUACACCUUCCCAGCACACCCCCUUCCAUUCUGUCGCAGUCUCCUCCCACGCCCGCGUCGCUGCUGUCGUUCACCGACGCUGCCGAGUUUCCCAAAUCCCCCCCUGCACCUAGGCCGGCGCCGCGGCCUUCUCCACACGCCGAGAACCGCGCCGUGAUCGCACCCGGGAGUCCCGUACGGGAAAACAAUUUGUCGAAUGCGGCGGCGGCCUUCGCUCGGGACGAUCUGGUGUCGCCACCGCCACCGCCCUCCUCACCGGAGAAGGUUUCCACCAAAUCCUCCAACCCCUUCUUUUUCCCGUCCUCUGCUAAAAACCCUUUCCUGAGCAGCCAUUCCUUUAACCCGUUCCUGGAUGUUCUGUGCGAGGGCUCGGAAGCUCAAGCGUCGCAGACAUUGACGGUAGCGAGAGAGGGUGAUGUUGCUGAACGUGCUCCCAACAAUGACGAAGCCAGGACACGUGGACUUGAGAAUGAGAAAUCUUCCGCUCACGAGAAGGACAUCCAACAUAAGGGAGGCAAAGAUUUUAUGACAGGAUCGAAGGAGGAUUCUGUGAAAUUGAGUGAUUUAGAGACUGGCAAAGUUGAUAACCUGAUCACUCAGCAUAUCUCUCCAGGUUCAUCUCAGAUGCAGGCCACAGGACCUCCACAAAGUGCCCGUCUGAGGCCAAUGCCAACAAUGGGGAGGAUUGAAAAACAGGAAAAUGUUGGGGCACCUCAGAAAGCUGAUGCUGUGGUGCUCACACAAACUGCUCGCCAAGACGAUCCUAUUCACCAAAAAACACAGAUGCAGUCAUUUUCAGAUUUAAUACUGGGCAAAGGAAAGGUUUCUUCCCCUAUAAGGUCACCGCUUUUCCUGCAGGGUGUUGAGGAGAAUGACCAACAAAGGAGUGGGACAGGCAAGUCCUGUUCUGAGGAACAGCCUACUCAAGAUGUGCCUGUACAACAGGAGAAAACUCCUGCCCAACUGGUAGACGCCACUGCAAGUACGAACAUAACGCCGAGACUUCAGCCAAAUCUCUUGGAUAAGUCAACCACUAAAAUGUACAGUGAAGUUGAGGGCGCCGACCUAGAGUCGUCGUUAAAAAUGAACUACUUGGACCAGGACGAAACCUCGUAUUAUCCUGUCAAAAGCCAGUUAUACAGGCCUCAUUUUUACAGCGCGUCUACGUUACGCUCGGACGCGGCUGACACUUCUCCGCCUUAUUUACAACUCUCGGUCGCCGAGGAGGACUUUGAGAAAGGUUCUCGCCGCACAGCCCCUUCGCAGUUUCAGCCAAAAUCGCCCGAAGAGGCUUCAACCGACACGAACCGCAGCGGUGCGCGUGGCGCAGGCUCUUCACGCACAGCGUCGGGCUUCCCCGAGCGGGGUGCAGAGUUACCGGUGAAAGACUCGGACACGCAGCCAUGCAUUUUAAACAUAGAGGUCACCACUCGGCCUGCGCAGAAGUAUAGUUCUCAACCAAGGGACAUUGCUUCCAAAAAGAAUGAAGAAGGUUCUCGGAGCGGGUCUACGCUCUCCCAGCCGUCCUCCACUCUGGCCGAGUGGUUGGAGGCCAAGCACGCGCAAGCCACGAGGAAGAGUGAGGAAUCACUGUCAGACACUACAAAAGGCAGUUCUCUUGCUGAUGAGUUGGACGUUUCGGCCCUGAAGCAGCCGAGGAAGGACGAUAACCCCAGUUCUCUGCAUGAAGGAAUGUCUGACGAUGGUUUGCCUGGUCGCACCUUCAAUACAAAGGCUACUAAUUUGGAAAGUAAGGGCUCAGGGAAGAUGGACAAUGAAGCACUUUCAGGGAAGACUCGUGUGCCUUCUGGCUUCUCUGCCUUUUCUCCCACCGACGGAGCGGGUAGCAAAACAUUUUCGCCAGACACUUUCAAGCCCAUUAAUAACUUGGAAAAAAUUGAUAAGGCCAGCUCGUCAGCAACACCCGCGGACGUCAGCAGUGAAGAGCCUCCACCGGGCGUUGCCGGUGCGACCGAAAGGGACGCGGCGUUGCAGUCGACGUCCAAAAGGCAACACAGCGUAGACACAGUGUCUCGGGUGACCUCCUCCUUCGCACCGCCCCCCUCCCCUGGCUCUGUGCCUGCGCUUGCUGAGCCCUGCACCCGCCACCCCAUCGCGCAUGACUCUGUUCCUGCCCCAUUUGGUCGUCCCGUGAUGCCCUUUACGGCGGCUCGCGAGUUUGGUCCAUCCGGUGAUGUGGGUUGGCACAGCCGAAGGGAAAAGGGCCCUCCAUCCUCCUCUUCCCCACUGGUUUCAGCCUCGGAGACACGGCCAGGCUGCUCGGAGCCGCAGGGCUGUGAUGCUGGAAUCAGCCCCCGUUCGGUGCCACCGUUGAACGCAAGUGGGAAGAAAAUGGAAGACCAUGUUAAAACCUUUCCAGCUGGACUCACAAGGACGGCGGUGUGGCGGCAAACGCCGCGGUGCUCUCGCGCCUCUCGCACCGAGCUGGUGGCGCUGGUGACUCGUCAGCAGGCGGAGCUGGCGCGGCGCGACGACACCAUCCGCAACCUGCACGAGUACAUGGACGGGCUGCUGCUGCGCAUCAUGGAGGAGACGCCGCACCUGUUGCUCGUGCCAUACCAGAGGGCCGCUACGCUCGGGCAGAAGUAAUGCCCUCGGCAUCACUUCGUGCCGGCUCGGCUCGGCCCGGACUUGGCCCCGUGUGCCUCUGUUGGUCGCUUGCCGAUGCCGGUGGUGGGGCCUUGCCAGCGCCGGUUAGUGGUGUGCGCGGGGCUUAAUUUCAGCCGAGCAUGUCCGGGUCAGCGACCCAGACAAUAUUUCCGCUCCCGGUGCACCACAUCCAGUGUACCUGUCACUACGGCUGUGGCUACUACUAGUCACGUGCAAUGUUCUCGAGUCAACCGGCAAGCCGGGAAAUAUUUGGAGAGAAAUGUAGCCCUGGGCAUGCCCGGAUGUACUGCGUGGAAAGGCGUGAUAUGAAUAUUAAAUGACGAUGAUAAUGUUUAUGAGGAGUCAGCCAUUGGGGUGGGAGGGUGGGG